CCGGCUGCACGGGCAGAAAGCUCUUGCAAACGAUGCCAUCGGAGGAAGAAGCGUUGCGACAAGACUUUACCUCAGUGCCAUGCGUGUCAGCAUGCCAAAGUCGCAUGUAGCUUUCUUGACGAUGAGUCUCAAGUGGCAUCAUAUCCGAUCGCUUACGUGCGUGGUCUGGAGCGACGAGUCAAGGAGCUUGAAGAACAACUAGCUGCGUCACUUACGCCUCAGAAUUCCCAAAAUGACCCUUCAUCGUAUCCUUGGGACCGGGAUGCUGAGAUUCGUCUGAGUGACGAUCUGCUGAAUGCCGAUAAUGUCAUGAACCACUCACCUCUGCGAUGUGCGGAGACUUACAUGCCGGAUUUCGACACUGCGCCGAUUUCGCCCAGUAAUCCAACUGGAACUGGACAGAGGACAGAUAACUUGGCCGAGGAGCUCAGGCUGCUAUCAUUAGAAGCAGCGGCAGAGCGAUACUUGGGCUCCUCAUCAGGGCUCUCAUUUGCCAAGCUCAUUCAGACCGUCCUCGAACGGCUGUCGCCAGACCAGGAUGGAUUCGUAUUUGACGAUGACUUCGGUAGGAAUGAACAACAGAGUUCCAGCUCCGACACCGAUCCCUCGUCGAGCUUCAAUCCCAUUUUCUUCGAAGCAAAUCCUUCUUUGACAAGCCCACUGCCCUUGAACUCGUUGUUUGGAAACCCCGCGGUGGAGGAUUAUGAAGAUCCAACGGGCCUUGCGCUGCUGGAACCCGCCCACAUCAACUACGUCCUGGAAUUCUAUUUUGCACAUUCGCAUACUCUCUACCCGUUCAUUCGAAAACACGAGUUUGAAACAGUGCUGUGGAGAGUAUACGCCGACCCGUUGGAUCCACUAGCCCAAGCGCCGCUAUGGCAAUUUCGAAUCUGGAUGGUUCUUGCGAUCGGAUCAACCACGUAUUGCUCCGUUUCAUUGAUGGAUGAGACGGAGCCUGUGCAGUUUUUCAAUAAAGCCAUGACUUAUUUUGAGCCCGCAAUGGGAUGUGGCGACUUGGCCGGCUUAGAGGUACUGAUGUUGCAGGUUUCCUACUCGUUCUUUAAUAAGAUUGGUCCCAGUAUGUGCCACUCUCCCCACACUCUUAUCACUUUAUCAUUGACUCUUGAAGAUACCUGGUUCCUGGUGGGAGUAGCAGCUCGUAUGGCAACGGGCAUGGGUCUUCACGCAUCGGAGACUUAUCAGGCUCUCACAGUGGACACGGCUGAACAACAAAAACGCCUUUUCUUUUCUCUUUAUAUGAUGGACCGUGUGGUGUCGUUGGCAUUAGGUAGACCAUUUGCUAUUCAAGAUGAUGAUGUUACUGUCGAGCCCUUUGUCGACGCCGAUGAUGAAAACAUCAAACCAGAAGGAAUCAUCAGAUCAUCCAGCACCUUGGAGCCGUCUACAACGGCAAUACCACUUCACAUUCUUGCGCUUCGAAGAAUUGCAAGCGAUAUCGGCAGUAGGGUGCAUGCGAUGAAAUACGCCAAGAGACAAACUCCAGAAGCGUGCGAUGAAAUUAUUCAGGACCUCCACAAACGACUCGUUGAAUGGCGCCGAAGUAUGCCAUUUCCCCUGCCAGAUCUACAAUCCAAGGUACCACAUCUGUGUACCAGCUGGUUUGACUUCAAUUAUUACACCCAUGUAAUUAUGUUGUAUCGCCCCUCCCCGCUGAGCCCCAACUUGGAUCUUCCUAAAUUGAAGAUUCUCGGCGAAGCAUCAGGAAUGGCAAUUCGACAAGCAAUAAACCUGCACCGACAAAGUCGAUUCGCUUACAACUGGCUUAAUCUCGUGGCUGUUUUCAACUCCGCAUUGUCUCUUAUGUACACCUCUACCGCCCACGGGGACAAUCUUUCUCCGAUACUAGAUAGUACCAGGGCCAUUGAUGAUCUGGGUUUGGUGGUCGAGCUGUUGGAGGCUUUCGGCAAGAAGUUUCCCUCCGCUAAGAAAAUCCAAGGUAUGAUCCAGGUGGUAUCAGCCAAGUUGAAAGUGUACAAUAUCUCUUCUGUCGACUUCUCAGCGCCUGUUUGA